CGUCUCUCUUCCUGAGCUCACUCUGUCGUUGGCGUUCGCGUUGACUGGCCAGAGUCCGCGAGCUGAAAACCCUCUUCCCUCUCUCCUCUUUCUCUCUAUUCAUCUCUGCAGCUCUUUAUCCAUUCAUCUCUGUCUGACCCCAGGCACUUCCUGGUCUGUCACAAACAUCUGAUUGGCCAUGGCGUAUCACAGUUUCCUCCUGGAACCAAUUAGCUGCCAUGCCUGGAACAAAGAUCGGACCCAGAUUGCCCUCUGCCCCAACAACCAUGACGUCCACAUCUAUAAGAAAGAUGGUGCCAAGUGGGCCAAGAUUCACGAGCUGAAGGAGCACAAUGGCCAGGUGACAGGCAUUGACUGGGCUCCAGACAGUAACCGCAUAGUUACUUGUGGAGCAGACCGUAACGCUUACGUGUGGACCCUUAAAGAGGGCACCUGGAAGCCCACCUUGGUCAUCCUCAGGAUCAAUCGUGCUGCCCGCUGUGUCAAGUGGUCUCCAAGAGAGAACAAGUUUGCCGUCGGCAGUGGCUCUCGCCUCAUCUCCAUUUGCUACUUUGAGCAGGAAAAUGACUGGUGGGUGUGUAAGCACAUCAAGAAGCCAAUCCGGUCCACCAUUCUGAGUCUGGACUGGCAUCCCAACAACGUCCUGCUGGCCGCUGGAUCCUGUGACUUCAAAUGCAGGGUGUUCUCGGCCUACAUUAAGGAAGUGGAGGAGAAACCUGGACCCACUCCAUGGGGAAGCAAGAUGCCAUUUGGCGAGAUGAUGUUUGAGUCAGGUGGAUCUGGAGCUGCGGAUCAAAGUUCAGGAGGAGGCGGGGGUUGGGUGCACAGCGUGUGCUUCUCACACUCCGGCACCCGCCUGGCAUGGACCUCCCACGAUUCCACUGUGUCUGUCGCAGAGGGAGGCAAGACCGGAACGGUGAACAGUCUGAGCUCAGAGACACUUCCUCUUCUGUGUGUCACCUUCAUUACUGAGAACAGCUUAGUUGCAGCUGGCCACGACUGUUACCCGGUGCUGUUUGUGUACGACACCGCCAAAGCCAGCCUAACAUUUGGUGGCAAGUUGGAUGUUCCUAAGCAGGCGGCCCAGAAGGGCAUCAGUGCCAGGGAACGCUUCCAGAACCUGGACCGCCGGGCCUCAGAGAACCAGAGCACCGACAAGAACCUGAACACCCUGCACAAGAACAGCAUCAGCCAAAUCUCAGUGCUGGAAGGAGGACGUAACCAGUGCACUACGUUCUGCACCACCGGUAUGGAUGGUGGAAUGGGCAUCUGGGAUGUCAAGACUCUGGAAUCUUCAAUGAAGAACUUGAAGAUAGUUUGAAGUGAAGUUUA